AGCUUGCGCGCUGUCCAAACCGCGUUUUCGCGCAAGUCGGUUUUUCUUGAGCUGUGCGCCAAAGGAGCAAAUUAUCUCCCUCUACCAACCAGUUCCUCACCCUGAGUUGUCUCGUAGAUACACGGGUGGCUGGCUACGUUUUGUCCCGGCUGUGGCUUUUUGGCAUGGUAUCUUUGUGCUAUGCCAGCACCUCUGAAAGAUGCGGCCAAAUUUCUGAAAAGUACUCUCCGUCUUCCCUCGUCGACUUUCCCACCACGGCCAAGGCCCGCAGACCUUGCCAGAUAUCUUCCAAGAUGCGCAGAUGACCUCUAUGCCUGGCAGCGCCAGGAACGGCCUUCUUCGGACACCUUUGUUCUCCACGACGGGCCGCCGUACGCGAACGGAGACCUGCACGUCGGACAUGCUCUCAACAAGAUCACGAAGGAUAUUAUUUGUCGCUCCAGGCUCGCUGAAGGCCGGCGGGUGGACUAUGUACCUGGCUGGGACUGUCAUGGGUUGCCAAUCGAGCUCAAAGCUUUGGAGAAGCAUGGCUGGGAACGAGGACAAGGUGUCGAUCCCGUCUCGAUACGAAGCGCCGCAAGGAAGUUCGCAUACAAGACCGUGGAAAAACAAAUGGCUGGUUUCCGAUCCUGGGCUGUGAUGGGCGACUGGGCCAAUCACUGGAAGACCAUGCAGAAAGAUUUCGAGCUGCGGCAGUUGAUUGUGUUUCAGGCGAUGGCAGAGUAUGGGUUGAUAUACCGCAAGCAUAAGCCCGUCUACUGGUCGCCUUCUUCGGGGACUGCGCUUGCGGAAGCUGAACUCGAGUACCGAGAUGAUCAUGUCUCUAAUGCAGCCUUGGUCAAGUUCCCAUUAGACAGGUUUGAACCGUUCUCGGAUGGUCCUGUUCAUGCCUUGAUUUGGACGACUACGCCUUGGACUCUCCCCGCCAACCAAGCAAUCGCAAUCAACGCGUCUCUGUCAUAUUGUCUCGUCAAAUCAGACACUCAUGGCACGCUGCUUGUGGCCCGGUCGAGGUUGACGUACCUUCAGGAGUGCAUCGGAGAGAGCGUGGAAGUCAUCAUGGAAAAUGUUCCCAUUGAUGUGCUCUUACAGAGUACGUACUCUGGUUUGCACCACUUCGGGAGUGAAGCAGCAAAUCGCCCCAUCAUCCAUGCAGACUUCGUGUCCGCUGAGAGCGGUACGGGACUUGUGCACUGCGCGCCAGGUCACGGUAUGGAAGACUACGAGGCUUUGCAGCCCUUGAUCAAAGUCUCUACCGUUUCCGUCAAAGCUCCGGUCGACAAUUCUGGCCGCUUCGACGACACCGCAUCACCCGACGAUCCUAGUCUCCUCGCGGGACAAGAGGUGUUCAAAAAGGGCAACGAGAGCGUCCUCCAACUUUUGCGAGCGAACAACCGACUAGUCCACCAGCAUAACUAUGUCCACAAGUAUCCCAUCGACUGGCGCACCAAAGAGCCAGUCAUCAUCCGCGCAACAGCCCAAUGGUUUGCGGACGUUUCCAAGAUCAGAACCGAUGCGCUCAAGUCUCUCGACGCCGUAACAUUUCUUCCAGGGACCGGCAAAGCGCGACUGCGGAGUUUUGUAGAGAAUCGAAGCGAGUGGUGCAUCUCCAGACAGAGGGCUUGGGGCGUGCCGAUUCCGGCCAUCUACCACAAGAGCACUGGUGACGCAGUUCUCACGUCCCAGAGUAUUGAUCACAUCAUCAAAACCAUCAACGAGCGUGGGAUCGAUGCCUGGUGGUCUGAUGCUCAAGACGACAGCCGUUGGAUUGUGCCAGGACUGCCAGGAGCCGCUUCAGACUACAUUCGAGGCACUGACACGAUGGACGUCUGGUUUGACAGUGGAACAAGCUGGACGCUCAUGCUCAAGGAUGACCUUGUGUCUGGUGGGUCUCGGUCACAGGCAACACCAGUGGCGGAUGUCUAUGUCGAAGGCACCGAUCAGCAUAGAGGGUGGUUUCAGUCGAGCUUACUCACGAAUAUUGCGUACCAGAAGUCUUUGCAGUCAACCUCGGAUUCCGGUUCCGCGUCGGGACAUCGAGUGCACGCUCCCUUCCGCACUUUAGCGACCCAUGGCUUUACUUUGGAUGCCCAAGGCAAGAAGAUGAGCAAAUCGCUAGGCAAUGUCAUUGCCCCUGACCAAAUAAUCUCGGGAUUCGCAGCUCCUGCGAAACAAACCAAACAGAAGCGCGAAGUCCAUCCACUCGGCCCAGACGCGUUGCGACUAUGGGCAGCGUCCAGUGAGUGGACCAAGGACGUCGUGAUUAGCGAAACCGUCGUGUCGUCUGUCCACAGCAUGCUCGACAAAUACCGCCUGACUUUCAAGAUAUUGCUCGGCAUGCUAGCGGAUUUUGAUCCUCGGAAGGUCGUCCCGUAUGAGCGGAUGUCACGGCUGGACCAAAUCGCAAUGCAUCACCUUGAUCUGACCUUCACCUCGGUGCGCAAAGCAUACGCCGACUUUGAAUUCCACAAAGCCUCAGGCGCUAUAUAUCGAUGGGUGACGACUGAUCUUUCGAGCUUCUACUUCGAGGGGAUCAAGGAUGUUCUCUACUGCGACAUGCCUGCGACUCCCAGGCGCCUAAGUGCCCAGACUGCGCUUCACCACAUUCUUUGCCAGUUCCAAAACAUGCUUGGGCCGAUUACGCCGUUGCUGGUGGAAGAAAGCUGGGAGCAUAGUUCAGAAAGGUACAAGGAGACUCUAGAGCACCCGCUGAGACGAAUAUGGUCACAUCUGCCCGAGGAAUGGCACGAUCGGCGACUCGAGACUGUGUUGCCGUAUGUCGCUUCUAUCAAUUCAAGCGUCAAAGCAGCUCAAGAGAUAGCGCGAACGCAGAAACUGAUGGGACAGUCGCUGGCCUCCGACGUCUCGAUAUUUCUACAGAAGAACGUUGACCUCUCGAGCAUUCCCGAGGAUACUUGGAAGGAACUCUUGGUGGUGUCCUCUGCCGAGAUCAUCCCCACAGAAGUGGGCGAGACUACUCCUCCAGAGCCCAGUGCAGAACCUCGUGCUGAUUGGUCAUUCUCAAGUGACAUUGUCUCGCCUGGGGGUGAGAAGAUAGGGAAGGUGAUUGUCAAGAGUCCUCAUGGUCUCAAAUGCGACCGAUGCUGGAGAUAUGUGGUUGCACCUCCGGAGCAGAAGAGGCCAGCAGAAAAGGAGGCGCCCUUACUCUGUGGCCGAUGUACAGAUGCGGUUACGGAAUACCAAAAAUAAAUGUUUGGAGGAUCUAGAAGUUCGCUGUACAAGUAAACUGCAGAUAUCGACUCACUCAGCGCUGUACCAAUAAUCAAAGAAUACCGGAUUGCCGAACCGAGACGGAUUCCCGCAUGCAUUGCGAUCCACGGAGAACCGCGCAGACAAUGUCAAAUGCAAGCAACUGCAUUUGAAGGGUGGCGUGGGGUCAGUUGGCAGCAUCGAAGCACGAGAUCGUCUUGCAGCUGGUGUUGCUGGCCCGAUCGCAGCAUCAAUUCUGGGGAAUUCAUUUGCCAGGGGGGGUCAUGGGAUCUUGUAGAGGUGAUUAGAGCUUGACGUGCAGCCCCCAGCAAUGCUGCAACUGCUGUGGCCAUUGGGUGGACGAUCGAUCCUGCUUCAUUGCGGGGUAAAGCCAUGGAUGGUGUGGGAGAAUGACUAAGAGGAACUGGCUCUUUCAACGCCGUUGCCUUGCCUGAACCACGAGUGAAUUUGAGAUAUGAGAUGAAGGGAAAAGAGGAAAGACAGCAUCGACGUGCGUGCAGAGAGAUGAUGUCGAUUGUCCGCCGUCCGCCUUCUACCAAAAUUACAGUGAAGCGGGCAGUAGUACUCCGUAAUUUGCAG